AUGCCAGUGCUGCGACGACCAACCGUUCGUGAGCCGGUAUUGCACACGGAUGUUACCGCGUGUGUGCAGGUCGACGAACAUCGUGCUCGCACUCGCACUGCACCGUUCGCAAUGGUGGUGAAGGGCCCGCACCGCCCAAGUGGCACUGAGCGUCCGAUGCAAGCGUUUUCCUUCCAUGUACCUCGAAACUUGCACGGACUGUCGUUUCGAAGCGACUGGCGAGUCGCGCGUUACUUGAAGGUCUGCAGGCGCAGCACAAGCCCGGGUUUCCAGGGCCCCCUUGGUGUCCGUGCCGGAGUCUUCGACUUUCUUCGCAAUUUUGGCGAGCAAGCACGACAGGAACAACAGGCUCUGGUCGAUGCAGUGAAACAAGGCAAGUUUAUGGACUACGUUCGAGACAAGGCAGUCCGAGACGCUGCGCAAGUGAGCGCGUUUCGGGAGGGGCUCACCAAGACGCGUGAGCGACUCAGCCGCGAAAUCGAGACCAUAGUCGAACGCAACAUGGGGCGUUUGGACCAGGUUGACCAGGCUAUGCAGGAUAUCGAAAAUGCACUUCUGGGAGCUGACCUCGGCGUCUCCGUCGUCGAUCGCUUGAUGGAGAACUUGCGAAAGGACAUUGCAGAGCAAAGGCUGCGGAGCGGUGCAGAGGUCAGGGCCUCGCUCGCCGCGUCACUGCUCGCGCUACUGACGCGCGCCCAGACUGACGCGCAGAAACGUAUACAAUCACAACGAUUGGCUGCGCAGCAACACAGCGGCUCUCCCCAGUGCGAGGUGCUGAUGCUUGUAGGCACGAACGGCCAUGGAAAAACGACAUCCGCUGCGAAGCUGGCCUAUCGACUGCGGACACAGGACAAGAAAAAAGUGUUACUCGUUGCAGCGGACACUUUCCGAGCAGCGGCGGUGCAGCAGCUGGCAGAAUGGGCUCAGCGAGCCGGAGUCGAUAUCGCGAUGCCGCUCGAGAAUCAGAAGAGCGCCGCAUCGGUAGCCUACGAUGCCCUGAAACGGGCUGUUGAUGAACGCUAUGACGUUGCAAUCAUUGACACCAGCGGUCGUCUCCAUACGAAUGAGAACCUCAUGGAGGAAAUGAAGAAAUUACGCCGUGUCGUGGAGCGUCAGAUCCAAGGCCCCCUGGCUGAAUGCCUGCUGGUACUCGACGCUCCAUCUGGGCGCAACGCUGUGGCAGCUGCGCGGCAGUGGCUUCGCGAUGUCCAGGUUACUGGCCUUGUUCUGACCAAACUGGACGGAACCGCACGAGCGGGCUUCCUUGUCAGCGUGGUGGAAGAACUCGGCAUUCCGGUGAAGUUUGUGGGUGUUGGCGAGAAGCUCAACGAUCUGCGCGACUUUGACCCCGUUGCGUAUGUUGAUGGGCUCCUGCUGAGCGACACGCCUGCCGCGGCACGCAGGGCGGCGCCCUGA